AACAAUGGACGACAGAGAAGAAGACAUCAAUCCUAUGUUAAGCCUAGAUGUCGAAAACAACAACACUUUCUCUUCCUUUGUAGACAAAACCCUAAUGAUGAUGAUGCCUCCAUUAACAUUUCCCAGUGAAGUGGUGGCACCUUCAUCUUCUUCUACUUCUUGGUAUCCAGAAAGCUUGCAUGCACCGCAGCCAGCUCCAGAGAAUGAUCAAAUAGGUGAUAAAGGGAAGAAUAAAGAGAAAGAGAAGAGAUCGAGGAGAGUUCCAAGGAUUGCUUUUCAAACUAGGAGUGAUGAUGAUGUUCUUGAUGAUGGUUAUCGUUGGCGUAAAUACGGCCAGAAGUCUGUCAAGAACAAUGCUCAUCCCAGGAGCUAUUAUAGGUGUACGUACCACACAUGCAACGUGAAGAAACAAGUGCAGAGAUUGGCAAAAGAUCCAAACGUGGUCGUAACAACUUACGAAGGCAUUCAUAACCAUCCUUGUGAGAAGCUCAUGGAGACUCUUAACCCUCUCCUCAGGCAACUCCAGUUCCUCUCUAGUUUCUCUAAUCUCUGAAUAUAUAACGUACGUGUUAAUUAAUGGUGUAAUUAAUUACUUAAAGCUGAUUAUGGUGUAAA